AUGUUUUUCCUUCUCAUAUACGUGUCUUUCCUCCCGAUCCCCCCUGCUUUUGCCCCGUGGGCCUGCGCCCGGGCCUGCCCCGCCAGCUGCAUCUGCACGCAGGAGAAGAGCUGCUCGGUGCUGUGUGACCGCGCCAACCUGCCCGACCUGCCCAAGGAGUUCCCCUGCGAGGCCCUGUCCAUCAACCUGGACAAGAACAGCCUGAAGUUCCUGCCGGAGCGGGCCUUUGGCACGCUGCCGUCGCUGCGCUCGCUCUCGCUCGACCACAACAACAUCUCCUUCAUCACGCCUGGAGCCUUCAAGGGGCUGCCCAACCUGCUGGAGCUGAAGAUGGCCAACAACGAGAACAUCAAGUACCUGCACACGCGCACCUUCACGGCCCUCAAGCGCCUGGUGAGGCUGGACCUGUCCGGCUGCAACCUCUUCAGCAUGCCUGACCGCAUCUUUGUGGAGCAGACGGCCAUGCGCGAGCUGCUCUGCUUCCAGAACCACUUCCGCCGUGUGCCCGGGGCCCUCCGCGGCAUGGAGAACCUGACGCACAUCUACCUGGAGCGCAACAAGAUCGAGGCGGUGGCCUACAACUCCCUGCUGGGCCUUGCCAACCUCAAGUACCUGAACCUGCAGGAGAACCGCAUCAACGUCAUCCACGACCAGGCCUUUCAGGACCUCCAGAACCUGGAGAACUUCUACCUGAAUGACAACCUGCUGUCGGAGCUCCCUGGCUUGUCCUUCAAGGGCCUGUACCGGCUGAAGAUGCUCAACCUGGGCGGGAACCUGCUCACCAACGUCUCCAAGACCUGGUUCAGCGACCUGGUGGAGCUGGAGGUGCUCUACCUGGACCGGAACCGGCUCCUCGCCAUCGAGGAGGGGGCCUUCGAGAACCUCACCAGCCUCAUCACCCUCCACCUUAACAGCAACAACCUGACCACCCUGCCUUUCUCCGUCUUCCAGCCCAUCUACUUCCUGGGCUGCCUCUACCUGUUCCGCAACCCCUGGGAGUGCGACUGCGCGAUGGAGUGGCUGAAGGAGUGGAUGGAGAACUACAAGCUGGUGCGAGACAUCCCGUGCGCCUCCCCUUCGUCCGUGGCCGGCCUGGACCUCAGCGAGGUGGUCUACGCCAAGCUGGACGGCGUCUGCGUGGACCCGGGCGAGCUCAACCUGACCACGCUGGCGCCGACGCCGUCCGACACCUGGCGCUCCACCACGGAGAACCGCUUCAGUAGCCUCAUCUCCAAGCUGCUGCAGCAGGAGCUGAGGGAGGAGGUGGUCAACAGCACCGACAGCCUCCGCAACGGCACCCUGCUGGACCAGGCCUUCAACCUGACCGCGACGGCCUCCUCUCCCCGUGGAAACAUGCAGCUCCUCCUGCUCGGCGUGCUGCUCACCCCUGCAGUCACGGGCUCCCACUCAUUGGAUAUAGCAGUGCUUCCAGAGAGACUGUUGGAUAUUUUUUGA